GGAUCAAGCCCCGAUCGUGUCCCCGAGUCCGCGCAUGUAAAGGAAUAUGCCUUGCGCAGAUUCGAUCUUAUUCCUGCAUGUCCAGUCCCCGGUCCUCCCUCUGACGCUUUACUCUUCUGCCUGACGAAGAAGCAUUCUCCCGAUGACCCGGCCGGUUGCUGCUGCUUGGACAUGCAUGCCACAGUCGGCGACCCUGACGACUGAUCCGGCCGGUCGGUUAGGACUCUACAAAUCAUGGCGAUCUCUCGCUGUUGUGAUGGUGAAAACCCUGUGAAAGCAGUCACGUUCGUUCCCCUUCCUUCCUGUCCUCCAUGCCAACCAUGGCAUAUGCUCCCAGCGUAAGCGUACUAGCACGAGAUCUUACUUACUAGCUACGACGGGCUGUUGGGGUUGAGCAACCCGACCGAGCUGAGCAUUGUGAGUGAGGCACAGGAGAGGAGAUGAAGUUCGGGAAGAGGCUGAAGAAGCAGGUGGAGGAGAGCCUCCCGGAGUGGAGGGACAAGUUCCUGGCGUACAAGCGCCUCAAGAGGCUCGUCCGGCUCGUGCCGUCGUCGCCGCCGCCCCGCCGGAGGGCCGCCGAGGCCGCCUUCGUGCGGCUGCUUGACGGCGAGGUCGACAGGUUCAACGCCUUCUUCCUGGAGCAGGAGGAAGACUUCGUCAUCCGCCACAGGGAGCUGCAGGAGGCGGUGAAGAAGGUGGUGGCGGGCGACCGUGAGGCGGCGGCGGAGGUGAGGCGGGUGCGCAGGGAGGUCGUCGACCUGCACGGGGAGAUGGUGCUGCUGCUCAACUACAGCGCCAUCAACUACACAGGGCUGGCCAAGAUCCUCAAGAAGUACGACAAGCGCACCGGGCGGCUCCUCCGGCUGCCCUUCAUCGAGAAGGUGCUCGGGCAGCCCUUCUUCGCGACGGAGCUCAUCUCCAGGCUCGUCCACGAGUGCGAGGCCACCAUGGAGGCCGUGUUCGAGGCCGGUGGAGGGCGUUCCGGCGCCGGUGCGACACCCGUGGCCGCAGCGGCCACCGAGCAAGGCAUCUUCCGGAACACCAUCGCCGCACUGGUCACCAUGGGCGAGCUCCGCAGCGGGAGCUCCACGUACGGGCACUUCUCGUUGCCGCCGAUGGCCUCGCCGGAGUCCGACCUCCUGCGGUGCCUCCAGGUCGCCGAUCCGGUGCCCAUCUGAGAGGCAGACGGGCGGGGAGUUUCAGCUCAGCUCUAGUCUUCGAUUGUUUUAUGAGACAGGCCAUGCAGAUGUUCUGAGAUAGGCCAAGCAGAGGAAUUCUAGGAACCUCCCAAGAUUUAUUUUUUUUUCAAAAAACAACACAACUCCUAUAAAUGAAUUUGUAAGCUUAGAAUAGAGUGGACAAAGGAUGAACUGCUCCUUAAAAUAAGUAAAUUUUAUGGAUGGUCGCUAAACUAUUGAGCGCAAAAACUGCAUUUUGGGCUCUCUAAAAUAUUUAAGUGGGUCAGAGAAGGCUCUCUCUUCCUAAACUCCAAUCCCUAGCUUUAAUCAUACUGGAGAUAGCAGCACAACGAAUACAGAUCCCCCUGUUCCAAAAUACAAAUCGUUUAUCCUGUCUUAAGCAAACUUAUCUGACUUUAACUAAAUUAAACAUACUAACGUCUACGUCAUCAAAUACAAUACGAACUGUCAUUGUUAGUGCAUUUAUUUAGAAUUAUAGAAGUUAAUAUAAUUUCCUAUUAAUAAAGAAUUUUAAUCUUGAACAAAACUAAAAUUACCUACAUUUUUCGAACGGCUGGUGUAAUGUUUAGCAUUCAAACAUGGGGAAAACAGACUUGCUGUGCGCUACCAAUCUCCUAAGAAUUUUUCCCCAAAAAAGAGGACAGCUUUUAGAUCAACUUAUAUGCUGCCAGAC